AUGACAUACUCAAAAUUAUUUUUAGAAAAUUUACCUGAAUUAACAUAUGAAAUUAUACAGUAUUUUAGGAAUGAUUUUUCAACAUUGUAUUCAUGUAUUUUAGUCAACAGAUUAUGGUGUCGCCUGGCAAUUCCAUUGUUAUGGGAAGAUCCAUUUUCGAUUCACGUCCAAAAUUUUCAAUUUAUUGAAAUUUACUUGGGUAAUUUAAAAGAGGAUGAUUAUUUAAAACAAAAAUUAGCGAAUAUAGUGAAUAUGGAAUUAAUAGCAAGUUGUUCGAGUACAUUAUUCAACUAUCCUAGUUUUAUUAAACGAUUAAAUAUACAUAAAAUUGUUUAUUCUAUUGAAAAUUGGUUAAUGGAUGAUAAACAUUGGGAGAUCUCAAUAUUAAUUUAUAGAUCACUAUUUAAAAUGUUUAUUGAAAAUGAAGGAAAUCUGCAUUCUUUUGAAGUUGAAGUACGUACAUCUAAUGAUUGUGAUUAUCUUAAUGAUACUAUGGAAUUAACUUUACAAAAUCCAAAUUUUACUUGCAAUAUUAGAAAUUUAAUGUUUUAUAUGGAUAUUAUGAAUAUGAUUUAUACAAAUAUCUUUCCUUUACUAAAAUUUUUAUGUUCUAAUUGUAAUUCAAUCUCAUCACUUUAUAUUGGAAUUUUUUUAAUUUAUGAUAAAUUUGAAGCGGAUAAUUGUACCUUAGUUGAAAAAUGGUUAACACAAAUGAUUAAUACACAACAGAAUCUCAAAAAAAUUUCAUUUGAACAAAAUAACUUUUUAUACUAUUCAUUUUCAUUAUUAAAAAAUUCCAAUAUUUCAAAUACUUUGAAAAUCAUUACCUUCUAUACAAUUGAUUUUAAGGAAAUAAUUACUAAUAUUCAAGAAAUAUUCAAUCAGUUGAAUGUUUUAGAAACUAUUCAUAUUAUUAAUUGUCGUUCUUUAAAUUCUGAUUUUGUUCAACAAAUUAAUAAUAUUCUUAGACCAUUUAAAUUAAAAUCUUUGAUCAUGAGCGAAGUAUUAUUAAAUGUUGAAUUAUUACAAUUGCUAAUACAAAAAUUUGGUAGUGAUUUAGAAAAUUUUGGAUUUGGAGACCAUUAUAAAUUAUCAAUACAAAAAAAAAAACAAUUAUUCGAAUCAAUUAUAAAAUACUGUAGAAAAAUUAAAUAUUUUUCAUUAAUGGAAUCAGAUUAUAUUAAUUUAGCACUUGACCUAAUUGAAAAUAUUAAGCAGAAUCUUAAUUAUCUUGAUAUAAAAUUUGAUUUUGAUAAAAGUUGUUACGACGACUCAUCAAUUAUCAUAUCAAAAAAUUUAGGACAAACUCUUCCUUCUAAAUUAGAAUUUUUAAAAUUAGAUCUUAAUAAGAUUAAACCAAGUAAAUUGAAAAUAUUUUUAGAAAAUUUUCAAAAUACUUUUAUCAAAAAGUUAUUUAUUAAAAUCACAGUUCAAGAGAAAGUCAAAGAUAUUUUGCCUUAUAUAAAAGAAAUUAAAGAAUACAUUAUGAAAAAGAAAAGGGUUAAAUAUUUAGCCAUAUUAAUUAAUUAUAAAGACUUAGUUUCUUUGAAAGAUGAAGUAAAAGAAUUUGAAUUAUAUAAUAUUAAAGUUCAAAACUAUGAUAUAUCUUAUAUUAAAGUUAUUGAUAUCGUAAACAAUUAA